GGGACACCGAGGGGGAGGUCCCUCCCGGCCCGGCCCGGCCUCCCGACCGAGGAGGAAGUCGGGGAACAAAAGAGGAGCGGCCGCGGAGGGAGAGACGGUCGGAGGGGGAGCGGCGGCCGCAGAGUGUUUCUGGCCCCCCUGGAACCCACUGGGUGCUGACAACAGCCGACGGCUGCACAUACCGCACUAAUGUCCACCCCAGGCUAUCCGACGGGACCCUCGCCCUACCCUGUGGGCCAGCCAGGAGGGUACCCAGUGCCGCAGUACGGCUAUGCACAGCCUGGCUUCCCCGCCCAUGACACCAGCCAGCAUGCCCCACCUCCUGGCUUCCUUCCCUACCCGUCUCCCCCUCCAGCCACAGGGCCCUACUACAGUGGCCCGCCGAUUCAGAGCCCACCAGCGGGCGCGCACCACAGGCAGCAAGACGAGGAUCCCGGCAUUGUCCACGCCCCCUUGAUGGGGAGCACCAACUGCCCCCCUGGACUGGAGUACCUGACGCAGAUCGACCAAGUCCUUGUCCAUCAGAAGGUGGAGGUGAUGGAAGCCCUCGUGCGCUUUGAGACCAAGAACAAGUACGUGAUCAAGAACAGCCUGGGCCAGAAGAUUUACAGCGCCAAGGAGAAGAGCGACUGCUGCACACGCAACUGCUGCGGCUCGCUGCGGUACUUCCACAUGAAGCUGAUGGACAACUCCGACAGAGAGGUCAUCCACCUCGUGCGGCCCUUCAAGUGCGUCAGCUGCUGGUUCCCCUGCUGCCUCCAGGAGCUGGAGGUGCAGUCGCCCCCGGGGACCACCAUCGGCUACGUGAAGCAGACCUGGCACCCGUUCCUGCCCAAAUUCUCCAUCCAGAACGUGGAGAGGGAGACGGUCCUGAGAGUGGUGGGGCCCUGCUUCGCCUGUAACUGCUGCGGGGACAUCGCCUUCGAGGUGAAGCCCCCGGAUGAAUCGAGGAACAUCGGCCGGAUCAGCAAGCAGUGGAGUGGUCUGGCCAAGGAGGUUCUGACAGACGCGGAUAAUUUCGGCGUGCAGUUCCCGAUGGACCUGGACGUAAAGAUGAAGGCCACACUGUUGGGAGCCUGCUUUCUCAUUGAUUUCAUCUUCUUUGAGCGAGGGAGGGGCAGAACGCAGAGGGAUGGAGUGUGGCAGUAACUUCGUCCUGCCAGCGAGGAGGCGCUCCAUGUGUGUGUAUGUCCUUCUGAAGAGACCCUGACUUGGACUGCUGGAGGUUGGAAGGGCACCGAGUUGUCACCAACUUUACAAUUCACAAUAGUUUACACAAAACCCGGGAGCAAUCCCAUUGUGCGCUAGGAUCGUUCUCGACUUUUGGUUCAGCGGGAGAGCGCGUGGGGAGAUCUGGCUAUUCAGCUGUUGCGACGGAACCGGCUCGACUGAGGCGUACCGGCCACGCUUGUUACUUCUAAUGGUCCUUCGCUGCCUCUUCCCCCCCCCCCCCCCCACCCCACCCCACCCCCAAAAAAAACCACCAGGCGCAGCCACCAUUCCCAAAAAUGGACCCUCUCUACAUCAGAUCCAAAGGGUCAGUGUGGAGAUGUUUCCAGGGGUUGGGAGAGUCUCAAUCGAGGGGAUGGGGUGAGGUGGUGGUCAUUUAACACUGAGGUGUGUGGGGACUUCUUCUCACAGAGGGGGGAGGUCUCUGCCCUGGAGAGGGUUGUGGAGGUGGGAUCACCGGGGGGGAAUUAAAGGGGGAUAAAUAUUUGGAAGAUCGGGAGAUCGAGGGCGAUGGGGAACUGGGAAAGAGGGGGAGAGGAGGCAUGGGAUUGUACUGAAUGGCGGGGUAGGAAGGGCUCAAAGGGCCGCGUGGCGGUACGCCUCUCCUAGUCUGUGGACUGUGGCGGAAACCAUGCUGGCCUUUGGCCUGAAGGUCGACGUCUCCCGCUCCGCAGCGCCGACCCAGUCCGCUGGCCCAGCUGUGCAGAACUAAAUGGUGGUAGGGCAGGUGAGGAGGGUGGGGAGAUGUGGUACACCCUCUGGUGGUGUUCCCCGCACGCCCCUCACCAUCCACCCAUCCUGUUCACCCAGCGGGGUGGGUGGGACCACGCGAGAGUGAGGGUCGGGGUUGGGUUUCCUGCUUGGGACUGAGUUGCCUGACACUUCUCCUUGGAGGGUGGAGCAAGGACCCGGUGCAGUGGGGAGGGUGAAUGUUUCACUGUGUGUGACUGUACAGUCUGUUCAUUGGGCAGUGUAAGGGUUAAUCACUGUACAGUCUGUUCAUUGGGCAGUGUAAGGGUUAAUCACUGUACAGUCUGUUCAUUGGGCAGUGUAAGGGUUAAUCACUGUACAGUCUGUUCAUUGGGCAGUGUAAGGGUUAAUCACUGUACAGUCUGUUCAUUGGGCAGUGUAAGGGUUAAUCACUGUACAGUCAGUUUAUUGGGCAGUGUAACGGUUAAUCACUGCAACUGUACAGUAAGUUUAUUGGGCAGUGUAAGGGUUAAUCACUGCUGUUUAUUGGUCAAUGUAAGGAUUAAUCACUGUACAAUCAGUUUAUUGGGCAGUGUAAGGGUUAAUUACUGUUCAGUCAGUUUAUUGGGCAGUGUAACAGUUAAUCACUGCAACCGUACAGUAAGUUUAUUGGGCAGUGUAAGGGUUAAUCACUACUGUUUAUUGGUCAAUGUAAAGGUUAAUCACUGUACAGUCACUUUAAUGGGCAGUGCAAGGGUUAAUCACUGACUACAGUAUCUGACAAUGUAAGGGUUAAUCACUGACUACAUACCUGGAAGUGUAAGGGUUACUCACUGACCACUAUCUGGCAGUGUAAGGUUUAAUAACUGACUCCAGUACCUGGCAGUGUAAGGGUCACUCACUGACCACAGUACCUGGCAGUGUAAGGGUUAAUCACACCGCUGUAUCUGGCAGUGUAAGGGUUAAUCACUGACCACAGUACCUGGCAGUGUAAGGGUGACUGGGGCAGUGUCUGCACGGACUGUUUGAUCAGCAGUACAAGAGGUGCAGUGCAGAAUUCCCAGGCCUGCAAACCAACUCUGGCUGACACUUUGAAGUGUAACAUUGAAGCGGCUGUGGGGACGGUGCAAUGCUGAAGUGAGGCCCCAGUUUCACCACCUUCUGAAGGUCGGGGCCCUUGUUUUGUUGAGAGUUUAAACACCAAAGUUGAAGCUCCCGAGUUCUUUGCCCAAUUUCAGGCACCAGAGCAGGAACUGACACCCGUGUCAGGGGUGGAUCACGCAAGAUCUCCCAGUGAGCGAGAAACGCCUCGUGGUUCAAACUAUGGGGCUUCUCUCUGCAUGUGAGGAGGAGGCAUGAAUAUUACUUUCCUGCCACAUCUCCUGUCUUUACUCCUGGGUUCGAUCCUGACCUCCGGCGCUGCCUCUGUGUGUGUGCGUGCGUGCGUGUGUGUGUGUGUAGUUUUCACAUUCUCCCUGUGACCGUGUGGCUUUCCCCCGCGUGCUCUGGUUCCCUCCCACAUCCCAACGACGUGCGGGGUCGGUGGGUUAAUCGGCCGCUGUUGAAUUGCCCCCCUGGUGUGUGGGUGAGGGGUAAAAUCUGGGGGGAGUUAAUGGGAAUGUGGGGAGAAUGGAUUAUGGGGAAUUCAGUGUGGAAUAUGAUUGAUAGGAUUGCUCUGACAGUCGGCAUAGACUCGAGGGGCCGAAUGUCCUCCUUUUAUGUUGUAAGAAUAUAUGAAAUAUGAAAUCUC